AUGUAUACGAUACAAAUUGACGAUCUUGUCAUUCAGCUCCCUUCAAAUACAUGUAACUCAUUUAACCCAUCCUACGCGUUCGGUGGUCAUAGCUCUGGUGCCGUGAUCGGACUACGAGACGUCCAUUCUGGUGUUAUUUUGCUUCCCAUUGACCCUGAAGGAGAUCUAAUCGUAACUCCCGGCCACAGUUACAACGUUAUCCUUAUUACCGAGAAGGGUAGUAAGCGAACAUAUCAGAAUGACGAAAUUGUGAAGAAACACAGUCAAAGCGAUAAUAUACAGAAUACAAAUCCAAAGCGUGUCGCUGAAGAAACUCACUCGCUGGUUGGCAAGUCCACCACACUCCUCUCACAGGCAGCGCCCAAAACCACUGACGAAGGCUCAGGAGCUCAUCCCAUAACGGCAUUCACGCCACACAUCGAAUACUCCAACCCGGCUGAGGGUAACUCCCUGUCAACACGAAAGCAUGGGCACCAGCAUCGGCGGCUGAAAAUCAACUUCACCGCUCCGAGCCCGGUGGAGCCCUUCCCCCACACCAAGACGGCAACCUCGAUGGCCGCGGAGGUUACCAAAAGAACCAAACCAGGGGACGGCCCCCAACACGGAAAGAACAGUGCCAAUACCCCCUCCCAUCAUGACACAGCGAAGCGACUCCCCUCCCCCCCCUCUAACGCGGGGAAAAUGACCAAGGCAAAUCCAAUGAAGGAGGAUCUGCCAAUCAGUGUCACCUUUUCAGGAGAGGAAAAUGGGGUAGUGAGGGAGGAGAUAAGGCCCCUGAUGCCGGCUCCUCGGAAACGCGACAGGAUCUUGCAGGAAUCUCAUUCAUCAAGUGCUGCCGAGGUCGAGGACUUGUCCAACAUCGCAGACAGAAGUCAGUUGCACCCCAAUGAUAAAAGUGCAACUGGUAAAAAAAAAAAAGACUUAGAUUCUUUAUUGCAGCUGGUGCAUACACCACCUGUAAUGCCCAUUGCAGUGCCUAAAACGAGUAAACAUAAUAAAAGCGAGAAAGACGGCAUGUCACUCAUUGAACAAUUUGCCACUUUGAAUGAGCCCAGGGUUUCCCCUCCUAGAUCAAAUCACAGAUCACCGACAAAAACAAACAGAAAGGGCGAAAAUACAGCUGAAAAUAGCCCCCCAGAGAAGUCGAAAAGCAAAAGUGGAAAACAACCCCCUCAAAUAUCCUUGCCAAACGUUGUGGGUGGAGAAGUCAACGUCACAAAACGUAGGCGCCGCGCGCCGUUGGAUAUCUCCACAAGUUCUGAUUCUGAUUAA